GUCGUAACUUCUAGCCUGUGAAGCCUAGAUCCAAACGUGUACUAAACUAGACAUUCAUUUCUUUUGGCCAGUGUGGGGAAGAAAAUCGUUUAUGUUUAGAAGAAACCUGUACUUAACAGAGUUGUUGUGUGCAUUCGCUCGCUCCACCGCUUUCUAUUUUUAACAGGCGAAUGUAAUGGAAAGCUUGUUCAUUUGCCUGCCACCUCCUACAUUUCUCGCUUUCACGAGCAUUUUUUGUGUGUAGCACUCGGUCUGGUUUCUAAAUCGCGUGUAUGUGCUGUGACCUAGAAAUAUAUCUCCACAAUAAAUGAAGCUUCUAUUUUAUUUAAGUGGCGAGUUUCCACUCUGACCUACAUUGGAUAUCACCUUGUUAUGUUUUUUUUAAAGCCUGUGACCUAUGACGUCACGUGAAUGUGCAUCAUUGUUGACAUCUCCACCCAUUUCUUACGUGUUUCUAACUUUUUAAACCUAGAUCUAAAUCUAUUUGGAUCUGGAGUUUUUAUGGAUACAAAUAAUAAAUCAAUGCAUAGCAAUUGUUUUUAGAUCGUGUUUCAGGAUGUAGGCCUGAAAGUGGCCUAAUCCUGAUGUGCACCGCUAACGUUACUAACAUCGAUUUUAUGAUGUGUAGUGUUUCGUAGCUGCUAUCAUGCUAUUGUUGUAGCAAGUCACGGCGCAGUGAUUACACUUGUUACAGUGCUUUGUGUAUUUGAAAGUCAAAUAAAAAACGUUUAAAAUUAGUAGGGUUUAUUUUUGAAAAAGAAAAAUGACGUUCUGUUGCUUACAGUAGCAUUGCUUAAAAAUGUUUAUUUUGUGAAGUUGCAUUGUCAGUGCUACAACAUAAUUAAUUUUUAAUAGACUGCUGCAGACUUCGUCAAAGAAGGCCUUUUUAGAGUAUUGAUUCAAUGACAUGAAUAUGAUCACUACAUGGAUUAAGUUGAAGAUUGGAUUUCAUUUUCAUUGACUGUCCUAGUCAGUAAAUUUAUUCACUUUGAGAAUGGACAUUUAAAAAGUGCCGUUACCUAGUGGCACUGGCAGUUGUUAAGUUUUAGAAUUUUUCUAUUUGGCAUCAAACCACUGGAGCAACUGAGAUGCCUCUAAAUAGAAAAUGGCGUUCUAUGGAUCUUUUUGGAUCUAAAGAAAAUUUAAGCAAAGGGCAUGUUAAUAAAGAAGAGCAUAUGACAAAAGGAUUAGAUGGUGGUAAAGCAGAUCACUCCAUCAGUCUUCGUGAUAAAGGAGAAAAUCUCAGACAUUUAAAGCAUCGGCUCACUAGCAUUGUGUCACGAGGAGAUGAACCCUCCACUCCUACUGCAGUGCCGCCAGACUCCACUGGUGCUAACCUUGUACAGAGAUGUGUAAUCAUUCAGAGGGAUGAAAAAGGCUAUGGAUUUACAGUCAGUGGUGAUAACCCAGUCUUUGUUGCAUCUGUCAAAGCAGACGGAGCGGCAUCAAAAGCUGGUGUUCAGCAUGGUGAUAGAAUAGUCAAGGUUAAUGGCACUCUGGUCACCAGCAGAAACCAUUUGGAUGUAGUCAAACUAAUUAAGUCUGGUUCGUACGUAGCCUUGACCUUGCUAGGCAAACCCCAUCCUAGUGGGCCCGUGUUGUUAAACUCCGCCACGCCUUCCAAUCCAGAUCCUGCCAAGUCACGUGUGACAGCGCCUCAACCAGUAGAUCCUGAUAAGGAUAGGGAAGUAAAACAGCAGAAAAUAUCAAUGACAAGGGCUAUGUUUGAGACAGCCAAGGAAGAUUUUGAUAAACUGCAAAGACAGUAUGUUAGCAAACCUUCAGAGAAACUGCAUUCUCUGCUUUUAGAGAAAGAGAGGACAGUCAAGACACUUGAGAAUCAAUUAAAACAAUUGACAGGAGGGGAUGAGGCCACUACACCAUCUGGUCUGGUACCAAUGUCCAAUCGCUUUUCUGACAUAGAACACGGUGCGGAUCACCCUUGGAUGUCCAGUUCCCCAUCCAACAUUAAACAUACAAAGCAGAGUUCUGUCCCCAUGUUGAACUAUAAGUCAAUGGACACCGGUCAGUCUGAGAUUCGCCCAGUGGCACGGUCCAAGUCCGAUGCUGCAACCAGAAAAGUCAAAACCACGUCCACAUUCUACGUUGGUUUUCAAGGCACCAAUGAUUCUGAGGCCAAGAAACGUUUUUAUCAUCUGAAAAGGGCCUCUUCAGUACCAACUACAACAUCUGAUCUUGGUAGCAUGUCUGACUCCCCACAAACCAGCCCCAGCAUUUCCCCCACACCCAAUGAUCCACACAGCCGCCACAAUGGCCAGGAAAUGGAGGAUUCCAUGAUGACAGGAAGUCAGGAUAUCAUAACAAUAGAUGAUGAAGAUGUCCACUCUGAUGAUGACCAGUUGCUGGAGCUUCCCUUGAUUGUGGGAGGAAGGCCUACGUCCCCUUUCCUGGUUAAGAUCACCAGCCCUGAGGCCAAUGACCCAGGACCUUUUGCAGACAUCAAACUAUUGGAGUCUAAACCAGCUCAUAUGGCCAUAUUUUUGAACUACCUUAUCUCUAACAGUGAUCCCUCUCCAGUGCUUUUUCAUAUAAUUUCGGAUCAGUUUAGCCGUAGCACAGCCAGUAAAAAUGAACUGAGAAAGUGGGCUUAUGAAAUCUAUUCAACUUUUGUUGCACAAACUGCACCCCUGUGCAUAUCAGUUGAAGACAACCUCAUUAGUCAAAUAGACAACAUCUUAACAACAAGUGCCACAAAGACAGACAAUGAGUCUGUUCUGAAGACAAUGUUUCAAGCAUCUAGACUUUCGGUACAGAAUGAAAUCAAUGAACUACUCAGUGACUUCAGGAGCAAAAAAGACUUAGGUAUGCUGAACUUUUAUGGGGGACAAAAGCUGCAUGAAAACAUGGACAGAGCUGCAGAAAUCAAGACUGCUGAAGAACUCUUAAUUCCUAUUUUGGAAAGCCUAGGGCCUGAUGACAAUGCCCGACCAGAGAAGGACCAGGCUACAGCCUGGGCCCUGGCCACAUUCCUGCGAUUGUGGGUGGGAUCAAAGUCCAACCACAAUGCUACACUUGAGAGAGUUCAGACCUUCAUGAUGAAAGAUAAGAGGAGUAUAAAGGUUUUUGGAUCUAAAUCCAGUAGAGCCAAGGAUGUAAAGGGACAUCAGUUUAAUCUACAACACUUCUGCCUGACCACAAACUGCAACUUUUGUGGAGGACUGCUAUGGGGAGUUGGCUGUCAGGGAUUUCAGUGCCAGAGCUGUAAGAUGACAUUACACAAACAGUGCAUUGAAGAAAUCACUGAAGUUUGUGGAGGCAAGCCUAAGAAAAGAGGAAGCACAGCAGUGAAGCUUAUCAAUGCCAUUCCAAACAGAAGGAUUAGUUACAACCAGCCAGUUGCUCACAUUGAGCCCCCACCACGACCUGGAUCAGAGAUUAACACAGCAGCAACCACACAACCAUAUCCAAAAGAAGACAAUUCAGAACUUGCUUCCGUCCUUUCCCUUAUAGCUGGUCUUCCCGUGGGGCACUCAGUUAGCUCCUUAGUCAACCGCUAUGAGCUGAGUCCUACAGGUCCGGGGCCUGGUGCAGCGCUAGCCAAGUUGGAAACUGGUGACCGUGAAAGAAAGGGUAGCUCAGACCUUAAUCGGACAGGCAGCUUAAAUAAUAAAGGAGAGAAAGGAGACCGGCCCACUCGUAGAGCUAAAAGUGAUGUUGAUGUGAACCCAGAGACAUUUAAGGCACUUAGUCAGUCUGGUAGCUCUUCAGCAUCCAGUAUUUCCAACAGAAGCAUUGAAAGUCCAAGCAACAGCACAGACAGAAUCAAUGAUGUGUCCAGGCUGGUUCAUGAUGAUUCAGAUCUGGAUGUGGACACUGAGUUACCCUCCUUGAAGUCAGUUUUAGGGGAAGAAAACUUGAGGAAAUUAAAACCAAAAGAGAAGAAACGUCAGGAGGUCAUAAAUGAACUGUUCUACACUGAGAGGACCCACCUGAGGAAUUUAAAGAUCAUUGACCUGUUGUUUAACCGGCCCAUGCUACAAGAGCAGGGGGUCAUCGCUGACCUGGCCAGAGCUCUGUUCCCCACCAUGAAUGAGUUAAUUAGCUUACAUGAAACAGUCACCAAAGAUAUGAAAGAGAGAGUAAAAAUUAAUCCUGUUGUUAAAGAUGUCGGUGAUCUUUUAUUAAAACGGUUUGAUGGUCAGGCUGGAGAGUGGUUUCGUAAAAUUUGUGCCGAGUACUGCAGGAACCAGGCUUUCGCAUUGGACUUCCUCAAAAAACAGACCAGGAAAGAACCUAAACUACAACAGUUUCUAAAUGAUGCAGAAUCUAACCCUUUGUGUAGACGUCUGCAACUGAAAGAUUUAGUGCCAUCCCAGAUGCAGAGGUUGACAAAAUAUCCUCUGUUAAUUGAUAAUUUAUUAAAGUAUACACAAUCUCCCAGUGAAGAAUACAAAAAACUCGAGCGGGCUCUGGAAAGAUGCAAGCACAUAUUGGCAUAUGUUAAUCAGGCUGUGAAGGAGUGUGAAAAUUUUCACAAGCUAAAAGAUAUACAAAAGAAACUGGACAAGCGUGCAUUAGAUACAUCAACAGAUCCUGCGCUGGCAGAACUAAAGAAUUUGGACCUGACUAAAGGCAGGUUGAUCUUUGAUGGACCACUAACAUGGAAGCUUCGAUCUCAUCGUACAGUGGACCUACAUGUUUUAUUGUUUGAUGAUAUGCUGGUCUUAUUACAGAAACAAGAUGACAGGUAUGUGCUUAAGUGUCAAAGUACCAAUGUCCAGUCAGCAAGAGAUGAGCACAAGUACACACACAGUCCAGUACUGAGGCUACAGAACUUAUUAGCAAGGAGCCUAGCAACAGAUAAAAAAUCAUUUUUCGUUGUGAACAUAUCAGAAGUUAGAGCCCAGAUGUAUGAAUUUACAGCUGCUACUUCAGACCUUAGAAUUAAGUGGUGUAAGUUAAUCAAUGACAAAGCUGAAGAGUUGAAGAAAACUGGUACCGCUGUAAGGCCUAAUUUAAUACAGCCAGAGCAAGGUGACAAAGCAGCUGAGAGAGAGUCAGACAUAACAAGCCAAAUGACAGAGGAGGACCAAGUGGAUAGUCUAAGUCACCUAGAGGAUCUAGUUAGCAAUAAUGAAGAGCUCAUCCAGCCAGAUGAAGUACAUGUCUCUAACCCCUUGACCUCUGGACCUUUAAACUCUCCCCUAGAACUGUUACACCAGAAUGCCCAGAACAUAGAUUUGGCUCUCCAGGAAAGAGAGCGUCUCCUAGCUCAGGUGCUUAAACUUUCAUGGAAUCCUGCAAUUAAUCAGAAGCCAGGUGAUACAGGAGGAGGCGAGGAGGAAGAGGUAGGAAGGACAGGGGAGUUUCUGCUGGCCAGAGCCUUUGAAAUCAACAAUCGCUGUAUCCAACUAGUAAACUCUGCCUCUCUGGUACUGGCACACCAGCAGCCUAUGGAUGACGAGAGCCCUCUCUCCCCCUCUAGACCACUGUCUACAAUUAGUCAAGGGGAGAACUGGGUACCAGAGGCAGAGAGUGCCAGCAAUGGAGUCAGCAUACAACGCCAACAAAGCCUUCCACCAGCCCAAAUUGUGCAACAAAGUAGCCUAAGUGUCCCCGUCCCUAUGGAGCAGUUGAAAGAAAUGGCUGCCGAGAUGAAUACUAUUCUGACCAGAUUGAUGAGCACCAUGAACACAGGCUCUGAAGAGCGACACAAACUCCGUCAAGAACUACAAGAAGCACAACAAAAACUGGAUGCCUUGAAAGAGAUGCAACGUCAAAUAUCAAGUGGGCCUUCAGAAAGACUGAGCCCAUUGUCACCAAGUCGUCACAUUCCAAAGGAGACUAUAACAAAGGAGACACUAACCAAGGAGACAAUAACAAAAGAGACAAUAACAGAGACAACAGAAACAUUACAAGAGGAAGAGGUAAUGACUAGUGAGACAUGCUCUAGUCUCAAUGUGGCCCAGUCCCAAGUCCUGGAGGACAGGCAGGAAGAGGAAAUAGUGCAUCACGAGGUGCAGGAGGUGGCACGCUUGGAGGAGAGUGUCGAGGCCUUGAACUUGUCCAGUGAAACUUCAGAGAUAAUGACCCAGGCCAGAGAGAGCAGUCACACCAAAAUUGGGGUCUAUGACGAGGACGAUGAUGACGAUGACGGAAGCAAUGAAGUGUCAGUGGCAGGACUGCCGCUGCCUGACAUCCAGACCAUCCCUGACACGGAGCUUCACAACACGUCCCAACAGUCUGACGCCGCUGAGGAAAGCGACACGGAGAGUGACGACAAUGACACGCUGACGUCUAAAAACAGCUUCCCUGAUUUCCCUAGUCUUUCAACCACAGUUGAGGACACGGCCGGCGAGGAGAGGGAGGGUGGGGACCGGGAGGAGGGCGAGGAAAAGACACUUAUCAAACAAACAGAACUGGACACGGAGAUAAUCACAGGCGGGAGUAGCGUGGACAAGCCAAGUUGAGGUCAGAUGACUUGAGCGCAGCAUAGUUAUCUUAUUUAAUAUGUGCUAGUGGAACAUGUGGAGCCUAUUAUAAUCACAUGGUUGUCAUUGAGUAUGAUGAUGAUGAUGCUUCUCUUCCCUUAUGUUACCCACACAACAUAUCCCCUCAUCAUACAAUACUAUUAUCAAGUAUAUGAGCUGGAGUUUUGUUAGAUAUUGUGAUAGAUUUGUGUGAUGUGUCCUGUCUGAAGGGAAGAACCUGAUUUGUGGUUAAUGCUGGGAAUUAUAACUUUUUUUUGUGGUAUUUAUUUAUUUGACACAAUAAAUGUUCAGAAAUAAAUAGCUUAAAAAUUUUAAUCUUAACCAACAGCUACUGUACAUAUAUACAUUUACUUAAAUUUUAAUAUCUUAUAGAGUACUUCCUUAUCACCUGUUGGUAAAUCAGUCAAUUAAAUAGUGAUAUGAGAGGGAGAAACCACAGUGUUUUUUUUUUGAGUGGAUUCUUGAGUAGUUAGUGGUGCAAGAUGAAUGGAUAUUACUCAAGAAUCAUUGUUCAGUUUUUGUUAUUUCUGUUUUACUGUAAGCAAAAAAUAUUCAGAUGUUCUUGGAAAAGUUUACAUUUGUAAAUUUUUUUUUUUUAAUUUCCUGUGGGAAUUUCCGCCUUGUGUGCAUGAUGAAAACCUCUAUUUCUGAUACUUCAAGUGAUAAUUGUGUAUAUGCCAGUAGAUGUGGCCAUUUCACAUUCUGUUGAUGUUAGUUUGCUUCUGUAGUUAUGACACUAAACUUGACAUGAUGUCACAGUGACUCUGCAUUUGAUCAGCUAGCCUUAGUUUUAAAUGGGAGGUGAAUUUUAAUAAGUCAAAUCAGUAAAUCAAAAGUUAUUUUAUAAUUGUUUGAAAUUACGAGCAAACUUGGCUUUUUAAUGAAGCUGUUUGUUAUAUAUUGACUGUCUGUGGUGUAUGCUGUGUGAUAAGGCACAAAAGUGUUUACAUGUAUAUAAAUCUAACAUAGCUUGUCUGCUGGAUUGUGUACAUAUUAUGUAUGGUCCAUUAAAAUUUAUCUUACCAUUGCA